AUGACUAGAGCAGUGUCUUCUUUUUACUUCAAAGAAACCAGGCUAAAUUCCUUCAAGGAGCCAAAGGAAAUUGGAAAGCAAAAAAAGAUUAAAAUUACAUGGCCACCAAACAACAGCUUUGACAGCUACCCAUCGUGGGAAGUAAUGGCUGGACAAGGCUUUUAUUUCACUCCUACAAAAUUGAAUCCAGAUAGAGUUACAUGUUCGGGCUGUAAUAAAAAAAUAUCCAACUGGGAGAAUAUCGUAAAUCCUAUUGAAUAUCACCUCAAAUAUUCAAAUUCAGAUUGUUUGCAAUCAAUUUUCCUUUUACAAAAACAGCACAGAGAUACUUUUUUAGAGCAAAAUGUUAACUUGGAAUUGAAAGAUUACGAUUGGUCCAAAAUUGAUAUUUUUAAUGAUCCAUUUGGCAAAAAAAUGCUUGAAAUAAGGAAAAAUUCGUUUCUCAAAAAAUGGCCUUAUGAUAAUAGCAAGACUCAUCCAAAUUGGAUUCCAAAUUCAUUGAGAAUGAUUAAUGCAGGUUUUUAUUAUUUACCUGACUCUUUAAAUUCAAAUUUUGAUCAAGUAUUUUGUAUAUAUUGCAACAAAUCUUUAAAACAAUGGGAAAAAAAUGAUGAUCCUUUGAAAGAACAUAAAAAGAGAUCUCCAGAUUGUUAUUUUUUCAAAUUUUCCGAUAAUUUAAUACAUAUAGAUAAUAAUAAUGACCAGGAAAAGGAAAAUUAUAAGCUUAGUCCCAAUAAUUCUCAAAUUUCUGGUUUAAAUCAUCUGGUUAAUUCCUCAAAAGCCAGUAUAACAACUUCAAAAAAAAGAAAAACUAUGCAACUCGAUGAUAUAUCCGAUUUAAUACCCACAACUGAUAAUUCUAACGUAAAUAUAUCAAAACUAAGAACGAAUAAAAGAACGAGAAGUAAUACUUCUAAAUCAACAAUUUCAAGUACAAUAUUGCAAGAUUCUGAUAUUGAAGAAGUAGAAGAUGCCGGUAUAAUUCAGACUAAAUCAUAUUCAACGUCUAAAUCCAAAUCCAAAUCCAAAUCCAAAUCCAAAUUAAAAUUAAAAUCUAAAAUGAAAACCAAGUCAAAUUCAAGAUUGAGAUCAAAAUCAAGAUCAAAAUCAUACUUAAAAUCAAGUUCAAUAAACUCAAAUAGUGGUUUAGAUUCUGAAGACUUUUUGCUAAAUGAUUUUAUCAGUAACGAUGGUUUAACGAAAGCCAGAAAUAAAAAAUCAAGAUUAAUUGCAAGUUCUUCUAGACCUCAGACCUCUGAAAAUUCAACACUUCAGAAUACAAAGAAUGUGCACAAGGAAAAUAAAACAACAAAUGAGUCUCUAAGAAAAACAUCUAUAACAAAUAAUACAGAAUUAUUGAGUUUUUUUCUGCUUGAUGGAGAAGAAAAUAAUGAUUUUAAUAGUAAUAAUUAUAAAAAUGAAGAGUCUAAAUUGGCAGAAAAUAACAAAAGAAAAACUAAUAGCUUUAUUCAAAGCAACGAUUUGGUUGAUAAAAUAAAAGAAGAAAAAGACUUGUCAUCCGAGACAGUAAAAAAUUUCAAAACAAAAGAUAAUGAAUUAAAAUUCGUUAGUUUGCAUAAUCAUUUAUCAAAAGAUGAACCAGAAAAUAUGAUAAAUAAACUUGAUAGUGUUGACAAUUUCUUGCAAAAUCCUAAAAAAAUUGCCAAUGAAUUACCAACUAGUGAGGUUACCGAUAAUAACAAAGUUGAAAUGAGUGAAAAUGAAGAUAAUAAAAACCUGAUUAAGAUACACAACUCUAUUAAAGAUGAUGAAAAUGUAUAUAAUGCAAAAGCAGUCGAUGUGGAAAAGAACGAAUUAAAUGAAAAUCAUAGUAAAGAAACUCAAGAAGUCUACCAAGUCGAUGAUACCUUUGAAAGCUCUGAAGUUUUUCAUGAUGCUGUUACUAGUGAAGACAAGCAAGAAAGUCUAAUAGAUUUUUUACUGUUAAAUAAAGGGGGCAGAAAUUUUGAUAGUAAAAUUUCUCCUUCAACCUUUAAAAGAAAGUCCUUAAGAGAAAGUAUUCUUAAGUCAUUUUCAUUUAUUGAGGAACAAGAAGAACAACGAAAAAAGACUUUUUUGUCACAGUACAAAAGUUCUCAACUACAGGCACAACAAAAUUUUGAGCCUGCAGCCAAUUCUACUCGACUAGAAGUUAUAAAAGAGUUAGAAGAUAAAAUGCAUAAUUUUGGGAACGAUAUUUUAAAUGUUACAGAUAAUACGUUCAACAACAUUAUUAUGGAAAAUACAGUUGAAGGCAGCUUGGAAAUUGAAAAUGAUAGUCAAAACAACAACAAUAAGAAUAAUAAUCAUACAAAUAUCAAUGAUACUGAUAAUGAUAGCAUAAAUAAGAGCGAUAUUCAUAGAAGCUCAACUGGGAAUCUAGAUAGAGAUAGAAAAAACGAGAAAGAUAACGAUAACAAGAACAAAAAAGAUCAUGAGAAUGAUAGUGAUUAUAAUAAUGACCACGAUUCUAGAAUAAAUGUGGAAGACUCUUCUUUAGUCAUAUCAAUUGAAGACUCCUCGAUAAAUACAUCAUCAUUCAUGCCCAUGGCAGAAAACACAAUGACACAAAGCAGACUUCCAAAUCUAGAUACAACUAAUAAGCUGUUGGUAUUUGCAGAUGAUGCCAAAAAAUCGUUAAUGGCUUCUCCAUACCUAACACCAAUACGGUCGCCAGCCAAUAUGAAUAAUACGUCAAAUCUCAAUAGCAUUGCUCCAUUUGCACAAGGAACACCUGAUUAUGAAUAUACUAGUUGCAUAAUGGACAAUAACACGACUGAGCUUCGGGAUUACCAAUUGGAUUUACGGUUAAAGCUUGGAAACAAAAAUAGAGUGGAGAUGCUCCCAAAGCAUUGGAAAGUUGUGGACCACAAAGAAAUUCUAAAUGAGAAGCUUUCUGACUUGAAAAAUGCCAAUCAAUUUUUGGACGAGAUUGUCAAAUUAGAGUGUCAGUUGAACAGCGAUUCUGAAGGGCUAUUGACUGGAUUUAUAUUGCAAAUGCCUGAGAAAGAAUUGGACAUGACAAUCGAAGAAUGGAUCAACUACGAAGCUGCACAGACGAAAAAGCUAUUGAUGCUUACAUGCGAGAGCAUGGUAAAGGUGUUUGAGAAGGAGGGCAUGAAGGCCAUCGAGCUUCUUCGCUGUGACGAGGCUACAGAUACAACCACCAUUUCGAGAUAG